AUGGGCCUCACGUCCUUCAUCGGCUCCCCAUCCAUCUUGAUCAUCCCCGCUGCAGUCCUCCUCUACUUCCUCACUACCUGGAUCCUCUCAACCCGAAGACCACCCAACUUCCCCCCCGGCCCACCCCCCAUCCCAAUCCUCGGCAACGUCCUCCAAAUCCCGCCCAAAAAGGCCUUUCUCAAAUUCCAAGAAUGGAGCAAAACCUACGGCGACAUACUCGGCAUCAAAAUCGGCACCGAGAACUACGUCAUCCUCUCCAGCGCAGAACACAUCAGAGAACUCUACGGGAAGCGCGGCGCGAUCUACUCGGACAGGCCGCAGCCGUACAUCACGAGCACGCUCAUCAACCCCGGCACGAUCCUAUUCAUGAAUAACGACCAGCACAUCAAGAAAUUGCGCACGGCGCUGCGGAAUCAUCUGUUUGGGCCUAGUGAGCUGAAGAGGGUUGUGGCGACGCAGGAGGCGCAUGCCGCGUUGCUGAUGAAGAUGAUCUUGGAGGAUCCGGGACGGUUUCAUAUGCAUUUGAGACAUUGGGCGCUGGCUACGCCGCUUUCUGUGAUUAGUGGGCAGCGGGUUGAGGAGGAGGGCAAGGUUGCGUCGGCGAGGACGUAUUUUGCGACGCAGGAUACGUGGUUGCGGUUCCUUACGCCUGCGCAGGCGCCGCCGGUGGAUUUGUUUCCCGUGAUGAAGUAUUUUCCCGAGUUUUUGGCUAGUUGGAAGCAGGAGGCUGCGGAGCUGAAGAAGGGGAUGAUGAGGACGAUGUAUCACAUGCUCGACGGGGCCAAGGUGCAGGCCGCGGAGAUUGCGAGUGGGAGGAGGGGGAAGGAGACGGAGUCGCUUAUGGCGAAGAUGAUUCGGGAAGGGGAGGAGAGUAAGGUCAAGGGGAAAGGGGCGACGUAUGAGGAUCAUGAGCUUGCUGUUUUGGGGGCGGGGACGUUGGAUGCUGCUGUUGAUACUGUUAUUGCUACGACUAGUACUGUGGUGCUUAUCAUGGGUGCGUAUCCGGAGAUGCAGAGGCGGCUUCAGGAGGAGGUUGAUGCCGUGUGGCCUGGGCAGGCGCCUGGGUUUGAGGAUCUUGGGAAGGCGAAGUAUCUGAAGGCUUGUUUCAAUGAGGCCAUGCGCUGGCGCACCGCUGCGCCAUCGGGUGUCCCUCGCGUCCUCGCGAGGGAAGACACCUACUGCGGUUACACGUUCCCCAAAGGCACGCAGUUCCUGACCAACACGUACGGAAUCCACAAGGACGAGGCAUGGUAUGACCGGCCGGACGAGUUUCUCCCGGAGCGGUAUAUGGAGAACCCGUGGGGCGUGCGUCCGGAGCUGGCGGCGGCGGCGGAGCGGGAGAAGAGGCAUCCGACGUAUAAUUUCGGGGCGGGGCGGCGGAUGUGUCCUGGGCCGGAUUAUGCUGAAAACCAGAUCUUGAUGACGAUUGCGAAGCUUGCGUGGGAGUUUGAUGUUGUUCCUGCGCCGGGGAAGACAUUGGAUAUGAGUAUUGAGACGGGAUUUCAUUCUGAUCUUGUUAUGGGGCCUGAGAGGUUCGAGGUUGAGUUUGUGCCUAGGGGUGAGGAGAGACGGAGGGCGAUUUUGGAGGAUGCAGUGAGGGCUGAGAAGGUUGUUGAUGAUUGGGUCAGCUAG